AUGUCUCAGGAUGGAAGCAACGCGUCGGCGGACCUCUCGCAGAUCUCCGGCGAAGACGACCUCCCCGUGAACUACGAUUACGAGGAGUCGGCCUGGCGCUUCGACCUCGCCGACCUCAUCCCGAGGCCCGUCGUGUACGGGGCGACGUUGCUGUUGGGCCUAGUGUGCAACCUGGUCAUAGUGUACACGGUGGCGCGGCUUCCCCGCAUGCGCUCCAUAUCGAACCUGUUUCUCGCGUCGCUCGCGUCAGCGCACCUGCUGAUCGUGCUGCUGUGCGUGUCCGUCAAGUUCGGCCAGCUGUUCUCGUACACAUGGACGUUGGGCGAGCUGGGAUGCAAGCUGCUCCUCUACACCCAGCACGUCUCCAUGAUUUGCUCAGUGCUCAAUCUCACCUUCCUCAAUAUCGAGAGCUAA